CAUCGUGUCUGGGAGCAGAAAGGGCUCAUGAGCGCCGCACUCCUGGUGGGCUACAGCAGCAGCAGUGGCUCAGAAGGCGAGGAUGGGUCCGAGCCCGGUGAAGAGCUCAAGGAGGGCGGCAGUCGUGGUUAUCAGGGAGUGAUCGUGGGUGAAGAUGAAUGCGUGUGCUGCCUCUUUGCGCUCCUGCAGAUGCCCUCCUCCUCCACCUCGGCUGCCCAUUCCAGACAGCGUCUUGAACAUGUUUCCAGAUCCAGAAGACGGGCUUGUGGAUGAUGUUGAAAAACACGGUGGCAGAAAACGCACCUUCCCCCACGAAAGGGGUAUCUGGGCCACCCACGUCUGGGUGCCCUAUGAAGCCAAGGAAGAGUUUUUUGACCUGCUUGACCUCCUCAUGACCCAGGCCCAGAAGGUCCUGCCCCGGCUAGUAAAGAUGGAGGAGUUCCACGUCAGUCUGUCCCAGAGCGUGGUCCUGCGCUACCACUGGAUCACUCCCUUCGUGCAGUCUCUGAAGAGCAGAGUGGCCUCCUUCCACAGGUUCUUGUACACAGCCAACCUGGUGAAGGUUUACACAAAUCAAGAGAAGACAAGGACCUUCAUUGGGUUAGAGGUCACUGUGGGGCACACUCAGUUCCUAGACUUGGUGUCGGAAGUAGACAGAGUAAUGGAGGAAUUUGACCUGGCAACUUUCUACAAGGAGCCUUCCUUCCACGUCAGCCUGGCCUGGUGUGUUGGAGAUGUGAGGUCCCAGCUAAAGGAGCGGGUCAUCCAGGAGCUUCAGGAAAUAGUGGACGGCUUUGAAGACUCAGCUCCACUGCUGCGCGUGCAGGCCGAACAGGUCCGGUGCAAGUCUGGGAACAAGUUCUUCUCUUUCCCAUUAAAAUGAGAGUGAGCGAGUGAGCAAGGGAUGGGCCUUUGGCCCAUGAUCCUCCUGCCUGCACCCACUGGACAACAAGCCUUCCUCUGCCGGAGGAAGAGGGAAUUCUAGUAGAGCCGUGACCUCAGCCUUAUGAUUCCUAGCCCAUCCCAGCGGUGGGGCGAGGGCCCACCGAACCCUGUCAGUGCCUAACUGGAGAGCCCCAGUUAUGGCCAUUGGAGGCACUGUCUGCCCAGGCCCUGGGCCCAGCUCCUCUCCCUCCUCAGAGGGUUUUGAGUACAUCUAACCGGGUGGCUGCGGGGUGGUCAUUUCCACAAGAUAACCAGUAGAGGGCAGGGCAGACUGUGAUUUCUGCCUGGGCCACCCAUCCCAGCUGGGAAAUCUUUGGGGUCACUCGGUGAGCCCACCCACGCUUAGCCAGAGUGCUCUGUGCACACGGUCCUCUGGCCAGGCACUCCUUCAGGUGCACACCCUUCCUCAUCGCCUUCAGCUGUGCCUAUGUUUUUGCACCGUUGGCCUGGGACCAAAAGCUGAAGAACCCUUUCUACACCUCCUCCCGCUCCUGCCCUGCCUGGCCAGGUGUCUUCAGGCCAUGUCCCUGCCCUUCUCAGUGACUUCUCGGUUCUUGCCCUUGGUCCCACCCAGGCCUAGCCUGAGAUGCAGUUCUGCACCAGUGUCCUCUAGCACCCCCCCUCAUACUCUCCCAUGAGCCUCACCAGUUGCCAGGGGAAAACUCGGCCAGAUGCUUCUUGCAGGCUUGGCUGUCUGGGAAGAGCUGUGCCCAUUUCCAAACUCCCCAGCCUCUGGCUUCCCACAUUUAUGUUUUUAAAAAAUAGGAAACGAACCUUUCUCCCAGAGGCCCCUCUCCUGGAUGCUUUGUCUCCAUUUGCCCCUUUCUGCCUGACAAGCAACAAGGACAUUUCGCAGGAAAGUGUCCAGGGCCAGUUGGGGAAAAAAUCCUUUUAUUUUUCCUUCAGGCCUUCACUGCAGUUUGUUUGUUUGUUUGUUUGAAGUGGGUUGUCCUGAACAAACCCAGCUGCCACCUGCCUUUCUGGUACUAGAUAAUGAGACUUUAUAUGGAUA